AUGGUCUAUCAUAUUUUUAAGGGAAUGGUACCAAAGACUAAUUGCAAAAAUAUAGAUUUGGAUUUAUUAAAGUGUUACAAUACUUUAUUUGCAAUUCGACAUUUAGCAGAUGGUGGCAUUACAGAGGAGUACAGACAGAGCACAGUUAUGUCUGGAACAACUAAAAAAAGCUGCAGACAUCAAAAAUGUACAAUACAGGAUGGUGGUAUUGAUCCAAGAUUUAAUAGAUCUUGUACUGGAUUUACAAAUUCAAAUUUUGGACAAUUAUUUUUAAAUUGGUAUGUUACAGAAGAUAAAUAUUCAACUGAAGCAACUGAACAAGUUUAA